UCUGGAGGCCGCCAUUUUGAAAGAAAAACAAAUUAUCCGCCAAGGAAACGUAUUUUCUGCCGUUUGCGUGGUUUGAAAAUUAACAUAACUGUGUCGUUGUGUAUUGGAACUGUAUCGGGGUUAUUUUUGAUAUUAUUCUGUUGCGUUCAUUCGAACGCCUUUGAUUAUCGGAUCAUUAUUGAACAAAGUCAAAACAAUACAGCGUGUUCGUCGGCUUGGCACCCAUUAACGUGCAUACACCAUGGACGCUGACUUGUAUGACGAAUUUGGUAAUUAUAUUGGUCCAGAGUUGGCCAGUGAUUCCGACGACGAUGCUGCUGAUCAUGACGAUCAACGAUAUGAAUUUGAAGCGGCUGAAGACGACAUUGAUGAACCAAUGGAACAUGAUGUACCUACACAAGCUAUAAUUCUUCAUGAAGAUAAGAAAUAUUAUCCAACAUCAGAGGAAAUCUAUGGGCCGGAGGUAGAAACCAUUAUACAGGAAGAAGACACGCAACCGCUUACUGAACCCAUUAUAGCUCCUGUAAAGGUUAAAAAGUUUUCUCUUGUAGAACAAGAAUUACCAGUGACUACCUACGACUCAGAAUAUUUAGCAGACCUGAUGGACAAUGCAGAGUUGAUUCGUAAUGUUACACUUGCUGGUCACUUACACCAUGGUAAAACUGCAUUUGUUGAUUGUCUAUUGGAACAAACACAUCCAGAGUUGCGUACUAAGGAAGACAAAAGAUUGAGAUACUGUGAUACCCUCUUCACAGAAGUUGAGAGAGGUGUGAGUAUAAAAGCUACUCCAGUUACUUUAGUACUUCAAGACACUCGUGAAAAAUCUUAUCUGAUGAAUGUUUUCGACACUCCAGGUCAUGUGAAUUUCUCUGAUGAAGCAACCGCUGCAUUUCGACUUUCGGAUGGUGCCAUCAUCUUUGUGGAUGCUGCAGAAGGAGUAAUGCUUAACACAGAACGCCUCAUAAAACAUGCCGUGCAAGAAGGCAUAGCUGUGUGUAUAUGUAUUAAUAAAAUAGAUAGACUGAUGUUAGAAUUGAAGUUACCACCCACUGAUGCAUAUUAUAAAUUAAGACAUAUUGUGGAUGAAGUGAAUGCUUUGUUAAGUACAUACUCCGAAACUGACAACGAGUACCAAGUGUCACCAUUACUGGGUAACGUCUGCUUUGCCAGUUCACAGUAUGCAUUUUGUUUUACACUGGCGUCAUUUGCAAAGCUCUACGAGAACACCUAUGGUGGCGUCAAUUAUCUGGAAUUUUCAAAGAGAUUAUGGGGUGAUAUAUAUUUUCAUUCAAAAACGCGCAAGUUUACCAAGAAACCACCUCACAGUUCAGCACAGAGAAGUUUUGUAGAAUUUAUCUUGGAACCAUUAUACAAACUAUUUGCACAAGUUGUAGGUGAUGUAGAUUCUACACUGCCGGGUGUACUGGAUGAACUUGGUAUUAAACUUACCAAGGAAGAACUUAAGAUGAAUAUCCGACCAUUAAUGAGACUAGUCUGUAAGAAAUUCUUUGGUGACUUUACAGGCUUUGUUGAUAUGUGUGUUCAUCAUGUCAAAUCUCCUGUUGGUUAUGCUAAAAAUAAAAUAGACCAAAUCUACACGGGACCAUUAGAUACUGAUCUGGCAGAUUCCAUGAUAGAUUGUGAUCAAGAGGGACCAUUAAUGGUGCAUAUAACAAAAAUGUACAGUACAGAAGAUGGUGUAAGUUUCCAUGCAUUUGGACGUAUUAUGAGUGGCACGUUGCAUGCUAAUUCAGAUGUACGUGUCCUCGGUGAAAACUAUACACUAGAAGAUGAAGAAGACUCACGAAUAUGUCAGAUUGGUAGACUAUGGAUAUCUGAAGCAAGAUAUAAAAUUGAAGUAAAUAGAGUGCCUGCUGGUAACUGGGUUCUCAUAGAGGGAAUAGAUCAACCUAUAGUUAAGACUGCUACUAUUACUGAAGCCAGGGGAAAUGAAGAGGCAUACAUUUUCAAACCAUUAAAGUUCAAUACAAGUUCUGUUAUCAAGAUAGCUGUGGAACCUGUCAAUCCAUCAGAGUUACCCAAAAUGUUAGAUGGAUUAAGAAAAGUCAAUAAAAGUUAUCCUUUAUUAACUACUAAGGUAGAAGAGUCUGGUGAACAUGUUGUCCUGGGAACUGGUGAACUUUACCUAGACUGUGUCAUGCACGAUUUAAGAAAAAUGUAUUCUGAAAUUGAUAUCAAGGUUGCUGAUCCAGUUGUGUCAUUCUGUGAAACUGUUGUGGAGACAUCAUCACUCAAAUGUUUUGCUGAAACGCCAAACAAAAAAAAUAAAUUAACAAUGAUUGCUGAGCCACUUGAGAAAGGGUUAGCUGAGGAUAUUGAGAAUGAAGUUGUUCAGAUCACAUGGAAUAGGAAACGUCUUGGCGAAUUCUUCCAGACUAAAUAUGAUUGGGAUUUGUUAGCUGCACGUUCUAUUUGGGCAUUUGGUCCAGACACUACAGGUCCUAAUAUUCUGGUGGAUGACACACUCCCUUCAGAGGUUGACAAAGGUUUGUUAAAUUCUGUCAAAGACAGUAUUAUACAAGGAUUCCAGUGGGGUACACGAGAAGGACCACUCUGUGAUGAACCAAUUCGAAAUGUCAAGUUCAAGAUUUUAGAUGCAGUAAUUGCAGGGGAACCUCUACACCGUGGUGGUGGUCAAAUUAUUCCUACCGCUAGACGUGUUGCAUACUCUGCAUUUCUUAUGGCAACUCCACGUUUAAUGGAGCCUUACUAUUUUGUGGAAGUGCAGGCCCCUGCAGAUUGCGUGUCUGCAGUAUAUACAGUACUGGCAAGAAGAAGAGGUCAUGUGACCCAAGAUGCACCAAUUCCAGGUUCACCUUUGUACACUAUUAAGGCGUUUCUACCGACAAUUGAUUCAUUUGGAUUUGAAACUGAUCUACGUACACACACACAGGGACAAGCUUUUUGCUUAUCUGUCUUCCACCAUUGGCAGAUCGUCCCAGGAGAUCCUUUAGAUAAAAGUAUUGUUAUUAGGACUCUAGAACCACAGCCAGCAACUCAUUUAGCCAGAGAAUUUAUGAUUAAAACCAGAAGAAGGAAGGGUCUAAGUGAGGAUGUCAGUAUCAACAAAUUCUUUGAUGAUCCCAUGUUGUUGGAAUUGGCACGUCAAGAUGUCAUGCAGAAUUACCCUGUAUAACAAUAAUAAUCAACAGACAUUAUUGAGUCCCUUUAUCAGGACUCGCUGAUUCAUCCAAACCUGUGUCUCAGACAUGUCUUUACAAAUACAUCAUGUCUUGAAAUGUGAAAACGUUUAUUUCAUGAUUAAUUCAAGAUGCCUGAAUGUGGAUAUUUUAUUACCGGGGUACCUACAAAAUAAUUGUCAAAACAUUCAAGUAAAACAUCUCUGUUUUUCCAGAACCAGUUCUUCGUUGUGCCUAAACUUGGUACAUACAUUGAACAUAAUGCAGUCUUGAUGCACAUCUUUUAGUUUUUCAGAUUAGUUUCAAAAUAGCCUACCUUCAGCCAUUUUGGUUUAAUGAAUGUUGUCUUGACUGAUCACAUACAAACUCCACACAGCGUCCCAACUUUAAAUUAGCACUAGCCCAAUGCAAAAUGACUACCAAUUUACAAAAUUAGUAGUCCAACUAGAAAUUUUCAGAUAAUUAAUAAUGUCUCACCACUGAGAUAACUAAGUAUGGGUUGUCCUACACACCUACACAAAAUGAGUUUGUUGUUUCCAUGUAUACAAAAUUGUCUGCAUACUUCAAGUACCAAACCACUGAUGGACUACUCAAUGUUAUUGUCAGGCUAUCAGCUUUUGAAAUUGGUAGCUCACUCGGAGCCUUGUAUGCCGUACAUCAUGUCUAAUAUAUACAUGUGCAUUUUCUUUGUAAUUCAAUUCAAGAUGGCUGACUGGUGGUCAUUUCAAAAUAAUGUGAUAUCUUUUAUGAGGUUUUUGUUUUCUUGGUGAAUUCACUAUAUUUUUGCUCAAUAAAUUUAUCAUCGUCUGUAGUUUUCAUAAUAAAACAAACCUUUU